UAUUUUACGUUGUGCUUACGGCUCAUUGAUCUAAAGACACAGACAUGGCACGUUAUAUUCCAACGUAAUUGGUAUUAACACAAGAGACAUGUCUUUUAAGAGGGAAGGGAAUGAUAGUAAUCAGUUAGGAAUUCUGAGGAAAAGAAGAGUUCGUGAAUUAUUAGGUUUAGCAGUACCAGAAGAUGAAGCUUUACUGAUGAGCAAUGGCAGGUUUGCCUGCUUGGUUUGUGGACACCGACCAGUGUUUGAUACUGUGGAUAUGCUGAUAUUACACAGACAGGGAAAGAAGCACAUGGCCAAUGUAGAGUAUGAAGCGGAGAAGAAAGUUGAAUUGAAGAACCUGAUAGAGAAGCGCAAACAUGAUCAGUACAUGAAAGACGGCUCAUCAGUGAUACAUCAGAAACAAACAAGCUGUAGGGGAUUAGGAAUUGGUGCACCCUAUGAUCCAAGGGCCAAGAAACCACGACCUCAUGAAAGGAAACAAAAACUGGAUUUCACUGGCUCAAUUUCAAAGGAACCUGUUGCAACAACUUUCUCAGCAUUACCUGGAAAUAAAUAUUCUCUCUCUCAUCAUCAAGGAAAUAAUUCAAAAGAUGAAUUAGAUCCAAGUAAAAGAGCAUAUAAUCCAAAAGAUGAUGACAAUAAGACAGGUAAAAAGUCCUUUUCUAAUCAAUCCUUCAGGGACCUGAUAUUACAACAGACAGACAGUGGUCCAGUUAAACAUUCUAAGCAACUUAAAAAGAUAUUUAUGCAGGAAAAGUCAACAGAUGAUGGAAACAUUUCAAACUGUAAACCCUAUGUUAGGAGUAGAACUCAAAGUGAUAGAAAAUACGGUGAUCGCCUUGCAGCCUCUAGUAAUGCCAUUCCUCAGUUACCUUCACAAAACACAAGCUUACAACCAAAUUUGCCACCCAACAGUUUUCAUUAUAGUAAACAUAGUGCAGCAUUUCCUGUUGGUGAUAGUGCUACCUGUGAACAUCCAGCAGCAAGAGGAUGUAAUUUGAAACCUUUACACCAGUCAGAAAUUCUGGCUUUAGCGGGAAAUCCUCCCCCACCGCCUCCACACAAGAGACAGACACGGGAUGAGAAAUUUUCCACUCAAUCAGAAACUGCAGCUUGGUCUGAGGAAAGAAAGAAAAAGGCUGAAAUGUAUCUGCAAUGUAGAGGUGCUGGGUGGAAGAAAGACCUUACAGGGAAAUGGAUUCGAGAUGAAGAUGCUGAAUUUGAUUCGGAUGAGGAACCACCAGAUUUACCAUAGCUGAAAUGAAAUUAAAGCUUAAAGGGAAAUAACAGACACUCUUAUUUCAAAAAUGUGAAAUACAGUACUAUCUUCAUUA